CGGCCACGGCGUGAAGGAGCGAGCGCAACGUCAUCACAACGUGCCGCUAACACGCACAGCUAAUCUGUCAGGCAGAGAAUCAUGAGCCCGGAAACCCGACGGCGCGUUAACUCUCGGUGAUAUCCUGCCGGUUCCCAGGCUCUUGUGUGUAGGCUCCGCCCAAUGCCGCGGUGCGGGACGGCCAUGCCUCUGUAACGCUGGAGACGCGCCUGUGGAGCUGGAUGUAAGAGGCCCGUGACAUGCUAGAAACCUAACUGCAGAUAACAGGGCAUCUGUUUCGACAUGGACACUAUCAGCUUAGAUGGGGAACAUGAGAAAACUCCGAAUAAUUGUGAAAAUAAGGACUCCCAUGGAUCAUCACAUCUUGUAGCAAAUAGUGAGCCCCCACUGACCCUACCAGCAAAGAUGAGCCAACGCCAAGGUAAAGACGCAUACCUUUCUCCAACCAAAGAUUUGGUCCAGGCUACCCUCAGUCCCGGCAUUAUACACAGCCAUGGCUGUCCCAAGAGGCUAAAUCGUAACAUCCCUGCUGACUCUGACGUAACGGCUGAAUCUAGGCAAUAUCUUUGUUGUGCUGAAUCAUCUACUUUUAAAGGAGAAGGUUUCGAUAGAGGCAAAGAUGAAGUCUUACAAAGCAAGGAAGAUGCUUCUGUUUCAAUGUCAAAGAGCAAGUCAGAGUCUAAAUUAUAUAAUGGCUCUGAAAAGGAUAUUGCUUCUGCUUCAAGCAAACUUACGAAAAAGGAGUCUCUCAAGGUUCAAAAGAAAAACUACAGAGAAGAGAAGAAGAGAGCCGCAAAAGAAUUGCUUAGCACAAUCACAGACCCAUCAGUUAUUGUCAUGGCUGAUUGGCUGAAGAUACGUGGGACUUUAAAGAGCUGGACCAAACUAUGGUGCGUGUUGAAGCCUGGAGUUCUGCUAAUCUACAAAACUCCCAAAAAUGGCCAGUGGGUUGGUACAGUGCUCCUGAAUGCUUGUGAAAUAAUUGAGCGUCCAUCUAAAAAGGAUGGCUUUUGCUUUAAGCUGUUUCAACCAAUGGAACAAUCAAUCUGGGCUGUUAAGGGCCCCAAAGGUGAAGCAGUUGGUUCAAUUACACAGCCUUUGCCUAGCAGUUACUUGAUCAUUCGAGCUGCAUCAGAAUCAGAUGGAAGGUGCUGGAUGGAUGCUUUGGAGCUUGCACUGAAAUGUUCUAGUCUUCUGAAGCGGACUAUGAUAAGGGAAGGGAAAGAGCACGACUUAAACUCUUCUGCUGAGAAUAGCCAGAUGAGUUUUUAUGGUCUGUUGAGAGUUAACAACCUUCACAGCAACGAAAACUUCCAGUUGAAUGAUAGUGAAAUUGAACGGCAUAAUUUUAAAGACCAAGAUACCUACUCUGAUAAGUCUGACAAAGACAACGACCAUGAUCACGAUGAGUCUGACAACGAUGGCCUUGGAAAAAGUGAAGAGAGUGACAGUGACACGUCAGAGAGGCAAGAUGAUUCCUUUGUUGAUCCUGAACCUCCUGAACUCCUAAAAGAAACAACCUAUGUUGAAGAAGCACAUGAGGAAUUGGGAGAGGCUGGUGAAGCAUCCCAAACAGAAACUGUUUCAGAAGAACACAAGAGCCUGAUCUGGACCUUACUAAAACAAGUUCGACCUGGAAUGGAUCUGUCUAAAGUAGUUCUUCCUACAUUUAUCUUGGAACCUCGCUCCUUCCUGGAUAAGCUUUCAGAUUACUACUAUCAUGCAGACUUCCUAUCAGAGGCUGCUCUAGAAGAAAAUCCAUAUAGCCGGAUGAAAAAAGUAGUGAAGUGGUACCUCUCAGGAUUUUACAAAAAGCCUAAGGGUCUUAAAAAACCAUACAAUCCUAUUCUUGGAGAAACUUUCCGCUGUUUGUGGAUUCACCCCAGAACAAAUAGCAAGACCUUCUAUAUUUCUGAACAGGUGUCUCACCAUCCUCCAGUGUCUGCCUUCUAUGUCAGUAAUCGAAAAGACGGGUUUUGCCUUAGUGGCAGCAUACUGGCCAAGUCUAAAUUUUAUGGGAAUUCACUGUCGGCUCUGCUAGAAGGCGAUGGAAGGCUAACUUUUCUUAACAGAGGAGAGGAUUACCUUAUGACAAUGCCAUAUGCUCAUUGUAAAGGCAUCCUUUAUGGCACUAUGACUCUCGAGCUUGGAGGAAGUGUCACCAUCACUUGCGAGAAAACAAGCUAUAGUGCCACACUUGAAUUUAAAUUAAAGCCAUUUUUAGGAAAUGAUGAUAGUGUUAAUCAAAUAUCAGGGAAGAUCAAGCUGGGCAAGGAAGUGUUGGCAACACUGGAGGGGCAUUGGGACAGUGAGGUUUUUAUACAUGACAAGAAGACAGACGUGUCAGAGACAUUCUGGAAUCCCACACUAGAAAUCAGACAUGGGCGAUUAAUACGAUGCACUGUGAACCAAGAAGAGCAAGGGGAAUUUGAAUCUGAAAGGCUUUGGAGACUGGUUACUCUGGCCAUAAAUAACAAAGACCAGACAGAAGCAACACAAGAAAAAUUUGUCUUAGAAGAUGCUCAAAGGAAAGCAACCAAAGAAAGAAAAGCAAAAGGCGAGGAGUGGACUUGCAAUCUUUUUGAGCAAGACCCACUCACUGGAGAAUGGCAUUAUAAAUACGCAGAUACCAGACCUUGGGAUCCAUUAAACGACUUGAUACAGUUUGAAAAGGAUGGUGUCAUCCAGACAAAAGUCAGGCAUAGAACUCCAAUGGUUUGUGUUCCAAAGCUAAAACACAAGACAAGUAGGCAACAGAAGAAAGGUGAAAGUGGAUGUUCAUCUCCAGAACUGGAUAACCAGGACUCCUCUGGGAGUGAAGCACAUCUAUUAGGUCAUAGCAAUCGGUUAAGAAAGAAGGCAGCAGACCACGGAGAACUUCAAAGUGCCAUAGAAUCCAUAAAAAAGACCCAAGAAGAAAUGAACAGGAAUAUUAUUGCCCUCCGGAACAGAGUUACUUCAAACGCCUCAUCGACAGAAAGCAGUUAUCUUCAACAGAAAGACUAUUAUAUCAUAUUCUUCCUGAUUACCCUUCAGAUCGCCAUCAGUUAUUUGUUCAAGUGAAUAAGACUUGAUAUCUGACACAGUUGGAUUGGGACCACUUGUAACUCCAUGGGGCGUGAAGGGAGGGGCCUGUUACUUGGCAAAAGUUAUCUGUAUCCCCAGCAGUCAAGACUUGUGACAAUACUAUUUGCUGGUCAGAACUGGUGUCUUCGUGUAUAUGUCACCAGUUGCUAACAUGUUUAUGUGCCACACCACCUUCACUAUCUCUGUGUACUAAAUGUUGCAAGAUUUUAUGUUCUUAUAUCAUCCUGUUGUUUAAAAAACACAAAGCAUUAUAUCCACAUAUAUUUACCUACAAGCAACUAUAUUAUAAUCUUAUGUAAUCCAGUGACUUGUCCUAGUGAUGAUCAAGAACCAGGGUCAUAACCUUAUUUCUAUUCAUAGCUUGUACAAAAAUGUUUUAAACCUAGAACCUAAAUAAGCAUGCAAGCAACAAUAGAAAGUUGAUUUUACCCUAAAAUUCUAUGUACAUUCAAUUGCCUCAAAUGUGUUCUUUAGCCUACUGAAGUCGCUUUCUGCACUAUUAUUCUGAAAAGUGUAGAAUGUGAAUGGGCACAAUAUUUGUUUCCCCCCCCCCCACACACAAUAUAUUUGCACUGGCUGUAUAAGUUGCACAACCAUCUUGCUUAACAUGUCACAUCUUAGACUUAGAGAGUGUUUAAGUGGGUUGUAAAUAUUUACUUUUCCCAUACAUUUCAUAUAUUAAGAGAAUUACCCUGAAAACAAAAAAAUAAUCUUCCCAUGCAAAAAAUCUACAUAUAAUCCAUUACAAAGGAGGUACAGUUUCUGAAAUCCACUUAUUUUCUUCGUUGAUCUGUCUUUGUUCAUAAAUCAGUUUUUGGAUGGACAUCAUUGGUCUGUGCUCCAUGUGGCUAGAUGAUCUAUUACAACUAAAUGUCUAUUUAAAAAAAAAAUGACUAUGCACAGUUUCAGAUUGUUGAGAGUAACAUGAUUAUUUAGAAACAAUAUUUAACUUUCAUUGGUUAUAUUUAGAAAGUUUCACAGUUACUCAGGAUUAAGUUUAUAUUAAAGUUUUACUUUUCUUAUAGUUCCCCUAGAAAAUGAUCCGUUUCUGUAGUGGGGAUGCAGUUGUU